GCCUAGGAGCUGCGAUAGGAAGCUGACGCUGGCAGCUCGGGGGUCCGUGGUGUCGUCGUAGCCCCUGUUUUACCGUUGGCAGACUGCGCGGUGACGAUGGGGGACAGAUCAUUGGUAGCAGCGCGAGCUGGCCGUUAUCAAGAAAAAGAUAAGCUAUCGAUUCGCAAGCCUGAACGUCUGUGAGGUGCGCGCGCACGGAACUUCAAACGUGUAUAUAUAUAAGGCGAGGGCCGCCUGCGUCUAUGGUCUGGAAAGAAUCUCGUCAUGUUCGACGAGUAUGACUCGGUUUGGUGUCGCUCUUCCGCUGUCCGUACCUGCAUCUUGGAUCCAACCGGAUUCGCAUGUCACGCCUCCCUGGACGUACCACUCCGGACCAGGACCCGCUACCUACUUACCUACCCAUUACCAUGGACUCUUGGAGCAACAGCUUUCCUUAACAACUUGCCUGAAGGACAUCAUAUUGAAACCUGGACAUACGAUGGGGAUAGGUCACGUGUUGAUUGGCCAGUGGUCACGAGAUGUGGUUGGGGUUGAGAAAAAGUGGAAGAGUGGAAGUUGGAGGCGGGGCGGGAGGACGACAACUCGACGACUCCUCCCACGCCCGAUGUUUUCAUCGCGUCUUCGACAUGCCGGCUUCUGCGGGACGACGCCCGAUGCGUGCAGGUCUCGUUCGACACACUCUGAUCGGUGAGCGCUGGCCUGCAGACAAUUAUUUGGAUUUCCAG